AAGGGCGAUUUGGUAAUCUCAUACCUCGUGAUCGUUCUGCAUACAACUUUGGGUUUUACUUUAUUAAUAAAAUGCAAGAGUGUGUGAAAAUAUGAAAAUCUCUCUCUGAUUUUCCUCUUUCUCAGUUUUCUUCAUCUUCUUUAUUUUAUUCUCUGCUUUCUGCUUUCUCGCGUCUCUGACCAGCUCCCGAGUUGUUCGUUUCUGGUUAAUGGAUAUUGAACCCUCUAGUGAUCUUGGGGGGUGGGUUAUUUCAUUUUCUAAAUUGCAUGGCAACAUCAAAUGACCAAACCAAUACUAUAUCAUCACAUUCUUAUACUCUUCUUCUUUUAAUCAUAUUCUUAUCUUUGAUUCUCUUCAUCAACCUUGCAAUCCCCAUGACUCAUCAUCGGUCCACAUCUAUGGUUGCUCCCUUCAAGAGGGUUCUUCUCGAACCUUCUGUUCUAGCUUCAUCAACAAUGGAUCUGCAUCCAAAGGGUCGCACACGUUGCAGCCAUACUUCUAGAAGGAGAGAGUUUGCAAAUGAUGCUCAUGAAGUUCCUAGUGGUCCAAACCCUAUUUCCAACUAGGUUGAACGACAAGAAACUGUAGAGGGGAAGAAGCAAAAUUAUUGGACA